UACACGACUCCAAAACGCAAACUCAAUCUCACUAUUUUCUCAAGUCGAAUAUUUUUCGUUUCCACCAGGAAGUUGAGUACAAAGUAUCUAUUAAGAGGUGAUCUCGACUUGAAAUUUUUUUUUAAAUGAAUGGUAAAAAUAAUUUUAAGUUUCAUUUAACUCCGGUGGAAACUCUAUUUUCAACUCGACUCUGUUGAACUCAACUUCACUAGGUGGAAACAUAGCCAAUAUUAUCCCUGGGUUAUUAUACCAACGUUUGGGAGUAAUCUGUUAAAAAUACAUGUAGAUUGUUAUAAUAAAAAGAAUAGUAAACUAUCUGUAGUUAUAUUAAAGAAACUGUGUAACUAUUAAAUAAAAAAGUUAUGAAAGAAAUACAUAAAGUGCAUAUUUUUUUUAUACUUUGUUAUAUUCUUGAACUAUCAUUGAGAUGCUAUUGUGCAUCAGCUCAUAUUCAUCAGCACAAAAAUACCGAAAGAUUAGAAGAUGGAGCAUUCAGCCCCCGUGAUAACGAUCACUACUCCAAUAAUGGAGAGCAUCACCAUGAAUUUGAUCAUGAAGCUAUCCUCGGAAGCGUAAAGGAUGCUGAAGAAUUUGAUAAAUUGCCAGCAGAAGAAUCUAAAAGGCGUUUGAGAAUUUUAUUACAAAAAAUGGAUUUAAAUGGAAAUGAAGUGAUUGAAAGAAAUGAACUGAAAGCUUGGAUUCUGAGAUCAUUUAGUAUGUUGACUGAAGAAGAAUCUAGAGAUCGAUUGGAAGAUGCUGACUCUAAUGAAGAUGGAAAAAUAACUUGGGAAGAAAUACUUCACGAUACGUACGGUUCUGAUCCAGAAGAUUUAAUUAUUGAUGAAGCACUCGUGAGUAAUGAUAAAAAAAUGUUUCAUGCUGCUGAUUUUAACAAAGAUGGAUAUUUAAAUGCGGAAGAAUUUAAAGCUUACACUCAUCCAGAAGAAACACCUCAAAUGUAUCAAUUCUUGGUACAACAAACUCUUGAUGAAAAAGACAUUGAUAGAAAUGGCUACCUCAGUUUUCAAGAAUUUUUAGGUACUCGAGCACAAAAUGAAAACAAAGAGUGGCUCGUAGUUGAGAAAGAUAAAUUUGAUCAUGAACAUGAUAAAAAUGGUGAUGGAAAACUUGACUCAAAUGAAAUAUUAUCAUGGCUUGUACCCAGUAAUGAGGAAAUAGCAACGGAUGAAGUUGACCACUUAUUUGCUGCAUCAGAUGAUGAUCAUGAUAAUACACUAUCUUUUGAUGAAAUAUUGGAUCAUCAUGAUGUAUUUGUUGGAAGUGAAGCUACAGAUUAUGGUGAUUAUCUUCAGGAUAUCGAACGUUUUACAGAUGAACUUUAAGAAAUAAUACUCAACCGUGAAUUCUCCAAAAAGCAAAGUUUUACUAUUAUUUUAUUUAUUUAAUAUAACUUCGUACAUAAAUAUUUAUUUAUAUGAUCAUGUUCGAAUAAAUCGUCUUUUCUAAUUAUUGAU